AUGGCGGUCGCCAGAUUCUUCGACAUCGAACUCCCAAAGCCUGCCUUAGGCCUGCAGAUCCAGGAGGAGGGCCUCACGGUGCUGCGCCGGGUAGGUGCGCCGCUGCACGUGGUCUUCACGAUCGGCGGCAGCCGCUGUGGCAAGAGCACAGUGUGCAACGCGCUGCUGCACGGGCAAGAUGCCGUGGGCAGGCAGGGCUUCCAGACGGGGAGCUCCUUCGAUCCUGUGACCCACGGGGUGGACGUGGCGGCCAAGAAGCUGCCGGGGGGCGGGUCCCUGGUGCUCGCGGACUGCCCGGGCGAGGGCGCCUUCCACAUCUGCGGGUCCACGAUGAGCGCCCGGGGCUUCGGCUCUGUGGGGCUGCUGGCGUAUCACCUCAGCUCUGUGGUGGUGCACGUGACCAUGGGAAGCAUUGACGAGCAGCUUGCUUGCCUUACCGCGCAUGUGCUCACAGCGCCCAAAGCCGUUUCGCGCGACAUCGAGGCGCUGGGGCACCUGGCAGCCACGGCGCCGGAGACGGAGCGCCGCGCCCGGAAGCGGAAGCCGCCCAACGGGUCCCCAGAGCUGCUGCUGCUGGUGAAUGGCGCUCGCUUCGAGCUGGGCACCUUGGCGUUCGCUUUUGAGGCGGCUUGGGAUAUGCCGACCACGGAUAUUUACUCAUCCACUAGCAGUGACGCGGUGGCCCGGCGGCUCCUGCAGCCCCAGCCCGGCGCGGGGCGGACGUGCGCCCGGGGCGCCAUCGCCGCCGCCUUCCGCGCCUCGCCCUUCCCGAGCGAGCGCCCGGCUUUGGAAGCACUGCCCUGCUGCGAGCACGACGCCUACUGGCCCAAGGUGGAGGAGUUGCGGCGGCGGAUCCUGUCGGUGCCGGCGGUGGCACAAGGCAUGGGAAAGGCCUCGGGGAGCCAGUUGGCGGAACGCCUGGAGCGGCUCGUGGCGGCCAUGUCUGGGAAUACAGGCCCGGCGACUGACCCAGUGUCCGCGGCUGAGCAGGCCAUGCGGAGCUUGCACUUGGACCCCCUGGUGGAGGAGAUAGCCAAGAAGUUCACAGCAGCCGCGAGCAGCGUGCGGGAGGAGCCCGGCAGCCCCAGCAGUCCCGGCAGCCAGUGCGACCAGGACGCCCUCGCAGUCGAGGAGGAGUCGGCGGACACCUACUUCAUGCGCCACGUAGGGGCCAGACUUGCGCCCAAUUCGAACGGCGGCUUGCCACUGGGGCAAGAGAAGGCCGUCGCAGCGGUGGUGCUGGAGCCUUUCGCGCUGGGAGACGAACUGCCCUGGCUGAAGGGCUUCGGUCAGCUCCGCCCCCCCGCGCCCCCGAGCCACCCAGCUGCCCACGGUGGGGUAACGAUCCUGGCGGUGCUGGUCGAGUGCCCGGACGCCCCGAUUCGAGUCGAGUCCAUGCGCCCGAUGCUUUGCCGGGGCCGCGUUCUGACGACGCCCGGCUUCAUGGCGCGAGGCUUCGGGUUCUUUUUGGACGCAGACUUUGAUGACGCAACGGAGAAGGAUGCCACCUGGACCCAGCUCAUCGAGGCCUUCGGAGUGCAUUCCGAGGUCUUUGUGGGGCACAUCGACUGCGGCAAUCCGGCCUUCGACGUAGGCGCGCGCUUUGGCUGGAGCCGGGCCCUGAUUCGCGGAACGAUGAAGUCCGAAGGCUCGGUGGCCUCGGCUUGCAAGAAGCACGAGAUCGAGCCGGUCUGCGACAAGCAGCCGGGCCACAUCCCCGCGGUGAAGUACUACGACGCGCCGCGGGACUCAAUGGCGUUGGUCUCAAUCUCCGAGCAUGAGGCGAAGUGGUUCAAGUACAAGCGCAGCUUGGAGGGGGAUGAGCUGGAGACCUUCAUCGCUGACAGGCUGCUGCCCAUGUGCGACGUGCGGACCCACGAAAAGACCCCCACGCCCCCGCAGACCCCCUCGCGGCGCCGCACGUUGGCAGCGCUGCUGGGGGGUGUGGAGACCACGGCACUGCGGGCAGAGGCGCUCCACUCCUCGGCCACCCAGCAGAUGGCGCAGCUGCGUGCGGCGCUGGGGAAGCUGAGCCAGGCCCAGGCCCUCGGAACGGAGAGCGACACUGACCAGGUGACGCCAUGGCAGGAGUCCUGGCAGCGGAGGCUCCAGGACCUGGGGCGGCGGCCGCUGAGCACCUGGCACACCGCCGGCCAGGAGCUAGUGGAUGAGAUCGCGCGGGAGCUGCGGGAGAUCGAGGGGAGGAUGCCGGACGUCGUUUCCGGGGCUGUGAUGCUCGAAGAGGCCCGCGGGGAGGUGGAGGCGCUGCGCCUCUCCCGGCGCCAGGCGCUGGAGAAGACCCAGCGGCGCCUGGAGCAGCGCGUGGAGGAGCUGCGGCAGGAGUGCGCCCAGGCGGUGGGAGGCCACGCUGAGUUGCGGGAGCGCGUGUCGCGGCAGCUGUCUCUGAGGAUGGCGGGCCUGCAGCAGACCUUGACCGACGAGGCCCUGCACCGGCGCGAGCGGCACCAGGCGCUGGUGGAGGUGGUGGCGCAGAUGUCCAAGUCCCUGGAGGCGAGCAUGCUCUCCGAGGAGCAGGACACGAUGGACACCUUGACGCCCUCCCCGGCACAGCCGCAGAAGACGACGCCGGGCAGCCGAUGGAAGUCUGAGAAGACCUGGGCGGUGCGGAGGCGACUUUGAGGCGAUUCAUUCGUGGAAGGCAUGGACCUCUCCCGAGGAGCCGACAAGUUUCGCCCGGCGGCCGCGCGAGACUCGACUUUUGCCACUGGGAAUACCCGACCGACUUGGGGCGAGGCCGCGGACAAUUCAGUGAGAUCCGGUUGGGGGUCUGGCGGAAGUGGGGAAC